AUGAGUCGGUCGGCGCGGCGUCUGCCCCCAGCGGCAGACGCCGCUCUGGCAAGAGCAAGGGGGGCAGGGGAGCGGGUGGAGCUCGAGGGGGCGGUGGAGGAGGCGGUGGGGGUGGCGGGGGGAGUGGGGGUGGCGGUGGGGGUGGUGGCGGGAGUGGAGGUACUGGUGGCGGCGGUGGAGGCGGAGGUGGCGGCGGAGGUGGUAGCGGAGGAGGCGGUGGGAGCGGUGGGAGCGACGGUCCUGGUGGGGGAGGUGGCGGCGGAGACGGGGGUGGCGGUGGAGGCGGGGGUGGCGGUGGAGGCGGGGGUCGGAGUGGCUCGUCCCAGCGGAGCAGCUCUGGGGGUGUGA